UCUGCAGACGAAAUACAGAUUGUAUCAGCGAUGGUGGGAGAUUCGGUCUUUCUACACACUGAUGUUAUUGAAAUACUGAAUUACGAUGUGAUACGAUGGAAGUUUGGGCCUCAGAAUGCCCUAAUAGCUGAAAUCAAUAAACUCGAUAGAUCCUUCCGUACGCUGGAUGGGGAUGAUGGGAGAUUCCGACACAUACUGCAGCUGGAUCAGACUGGAUCUCUGAUCAUCAAGAACACUGGGAUUAAACACUCUGGAUUAUAUGAGGUUGACAUCAGCAGCAGCAAACACACCAUACACAAGACAUUCAAUGUGAACAUCAGUGGUCAAAUAAACGCAGUUUCAGUGAAGGUAGGGGUUUCGGUCACUCUACACACUGGUCUUACUGAAGUGCAGAUGUCUGAUUUCACUCUAUGGAUGUAUGGAGACACCGUCAUAGCAGAACUCUAUAAAGAAGCCCGACGAUUCUAUACUUAUGAUGGAGAUGAUGUGAGAUUUAAGGGUAUGAUAAACUUGGACAAUCAGACUGGGGCUCUGACCAUCACAAACACCAGGACCAUACAUUCUGGACUUUAUGAUCUGAAGAUCAGCAGCAGUCGACGCACCGUAAACAAGAGAAUCAGUCUUACUGUUAUUAAUUCAUUUCCGUCUCCGGAUGUUGUAGCAGGAAUAGCUGUAGUUGUUCUGCUGGUUGCUGCAGCUGCAGCUGUUUGUGGGAUUUACUAUCGCUUCAGGAUCUCGAUACUUCAAAAGCAGCUUGGUGAAAUUAAGUCAGUGCCAAUAGUGGAGGGAGCUUCUGUCACGCUAAAAACUGACGUUACUGGCAUCAGGGGGCGUGACGUGGUUCUGUGGCAGUUUGGGAAUAAAUCCAUUUUCUUAGCUCAGAUCACUGAAGGAAACAUAGAGAACACUAGAAAUGAGGAUAUUUGUGAGAGAUUUAAAGACAGGCUGGAGCUGGAUGGUCAAACUGGAGAUCUGACCAUUACAGACACCAGAAGCACAGACUCUGGACUUUAUAAAGCACUGAUCAUUACAAAUAGAAGAUUCUCCUCAAAGUCAUUCACUGUUUCUGUCUCUGGUUCCUCUGCAAGCAGAAAAAAUACGACAGAGGACACGGGAAUACUUUUAACAGAAUUACAUUAAACAACUCUUACAUCAUAAAUCAGAAUGAAUCAAACUCGUAUUUCUUCUCAUGUGAGCCACUAAAACCUCUAGGAGGAGCUGUUUUGUUUAAAAUGUAGUAUAUUGUUGUUGUAUGAUAUAAUGUUGUUGUAAAUAUUAUGUAAUAUAACAUUGC